AUGAUGGGAAAGUUGCUGGAGAUGGACCCCAUCAUAUACAGUUUAGUCCGCCUACUAAGAUGGAUGGACCCUCGGCAGAUUGCCAUGAAAGAUGAGAAGGAGAACAACAACAAAAAACUCGAAAUAACCUUGAACAUCAUGGUGGAUCACAGAAGGGUGGAGGAAAGCAAUUGCGGCAGGAUUCUAUUCCAGUAUUCCAGACUGAGUGAAAAGAUCCAAGAAGAUGAGGAGAUUAUCUCUGAGUUCAACAUCUCUCAGGACAGGCUGGAGACGCUUUUCCACUCCACUCGGCAUCGGCAGGAAAGCCAGCAGUUCCGGGAGUUAUGGGGUGUCAUAGAGCAGCUGCUGCUCCUGUCUCAUGGACAGGCAUCUGUGGAAAGAGGCUUCUCCACAAACAAGGAGCUCACCGAGGACAACCUAAGCAAGGAGUCACUGAUUGCUCGGAGGCAAAUAGUGGAGCUGGUCCAGCAAUAUGGAGGGCCUGACAGGGAACGAGAGAGGCGGCGAGGAAAGAGUGAGGGUACAAGGAGAAGAGAUUGUGAGGUUGCUGACUUUAAAUACUUUGGGUCAACAGUCCAGAGCAAUGUCCAGGUCACCAUCAGGGAAUACCUGCCUUCCGAUCAACGUGUGGUCAAAGAGCUCUUUUGUGACGGGGUCCGUGAGAACAUAUACCCGGCCUUCUUCAAGUCCAUGAGCCACCCAGACCACGUAGGUGUGACGCUCAGCAUCUGUGUGGCUGGCUACGUACUCGGGGGCAGCUCCUACUUCCAGGCGCUACUCUUUGGCGCUGCGUGGGCAGGACUCAUCUACUUCUGCUGCCAUGACAUCUAUGAGGGCUACAUGCUAAGGAGGCUGAGCGCAGAUAUGGCUGACAUCCAAACCAACUACCUAGACAAUCCAAAUAAUGGCUUUUGGGUGGCAGUGGUGGGCGACAGCACGCCGUCCAGGGUGGUGGGCAUGGUGAUGGUGAUGGGGCGGAGAGAAGUGGAAGAAGAUGACCAUCGUGACAACUUGAACGGCGGCAUGGGGACGGGAUCCUCGACCGACGGGAGCGGAGAUAGCGGCGAAAUGUCCUGUUUGGUUGUGGCGUUUCCAUGGCGUCGCAAGAGGUUGGGCUCCCAGCUGACCCAGCGGGCGUUGGACUUCUGCAAAGAGCGGGGCUUCGCUCGCCUCCUGCUGGAUGUCAGCUCGCCACAGACGGGGGCCAUCUCCCUACUCCGAAAGGCUGGCUUUAUGCAGACCUCAUCGCACAGCAACACGCACGGCAAUCAUUUGAUUGCCAAACUGGCCAGAAUCAGUGUAAUCCGCAUGGAGAGAUUCCUCUAAAAGACUCCCAAGACCUCUUCCAACCUGGACUGUGUGGCACAUUGUUCCAAUUUAAAUUAUGCAAAUUACCUUUAGUUUGCAUUUCGUCGUGUAGUGGCCACCACUCAAAAAUAUACCAAGGUUCAUCGCCGGGUGUUUUCGUCCACUUGA